UGGUUUGGUUCCCUUUUUUGUUCAUGACCACUUCCAGAGAGCAGACACAGAACUUCACUGUGAAAAAUUCAGGUUCUACUACAGUGAUCGGUUUUUGUUGUAGAAUUCGGUGUGAUAAUGACCUGUAGAUACCUACUGAAAUUGUAAACAUGUUCUAAAAUCAGAUGAGCACCCAUGCUCCCGUUUACCUGAGCUGAUACUUGGUGGUACCUGAACAAAUAUCCUUCUAAAAAUGGUCUGAAAAACCCCCAAACCACUUCCGUAACAAGGCUUCAAAUGGUGACAACAGUGUCUUUCUGUUCCGUAGAAGAGAGGAUGUAGCUGGCAGGAAAUGUGUCAAAAGCAACAGGAAGACUUUGCUUCAACUGAAAUCCCCAGUAUGAGAGUGAAAAUGGUGAAGUGGAUAAGUUUAUUCUAGAGUGUGUUUUUUUUCCUGGGUAUUCAUAGGAAACACGGGGAAUAGUUUAGUGUGUGUUAUACAGCCUAAGCCUUUCAGGUUUUUUUAAUAGGAAAUAUUUUCCCAGAAGGAUUUUGUUACAUCUCAAACAUCCCAGAUGAGGAGAGCACUUAUCUAUGUGCAGUGUCAGCCCUUGUGUGCUGGGAAGUGAUUUCUGUAGUAAAUAACCUUUAAGCAGACUAGGGUGUGCUUACUAUGCCACUUGCACGAAUUGGUCCUGCAGUGGGGAAGUGCUUGUUUUUAGUGGAGUUGGUAAAAUAGGAGGUUUUUUUAAACUUUUCAGUGCAACAUUUCAGCAAAAAGGUAUUCUUGAGAGGUAAGCAUCGAACUUAAAAUGAAGCUGACUUUCUUUUUCGUGGACACUUCCUCAGAAUGCAGAUGUUUUUCACUUUCCUGAGGUUUUUAAAAUGCAAAAAAAAAGUGAAGUUGCUCCACUUCCACAUUUGUGUAGCCCCAGCUGUGAAUGGCACUUGAGCUUUCCCUAGUUGGACUGAUUCUUCGCACAAAGCAAGUGGUUUACCUGCAGGGGCAACACCUUGUGACUCUUCAACGUGCAGGUGGGCAGCUGCUCCAUGGUCCAAGCUUCCCUUACUGUUCUUUAGUGUUUGGAGAGAAUGGGAGUGAGAUCCUCAAAAGUAAAUGCAGUUACACCAGAACCCACUGCCACCACUAUUACUGUACGUACCACUGCAUACACCUCUGCAGCUGUCUUCAAUGCCAUGAAACACUCUACAUAUCACUAGCCUUUAUCUCUGGUGUCCUGGUGGCUGUUCUGGUUUUUGCAGUCAUCCACCUCUUCAGAAAAAAGUGUAAGAGAUCCCACCAGACCUUACAAGAUCAAGUUCCCCUCCCAGCAGUGACUGAGGAAUCUGCUAAGAACAUCCAGAGUGAUGUUGCCUACGCCUCUCUGGUCUUCCAGCAGAGUGGGGCACCAGCAGCUGUGUGAUGAUGGAGCUUCUAGUGAAACGAAGACACCUGCACUUUCUGAACAUCAGAUGCUGCCAGAACAUUAUAUCAAGGCCUGUAGUGUGCUGGGAAAUACCGACACUGCUGUAUGUCUAACAUCAGCUCAUUUUAUAGUUACCAGGGGAAACUAAUGUCUCCUAUUCCAAACUUCUUGGUGGUUGUGGACAAAUUGCUUUUUAUACCCUAUUUCCCAAUCUCUAGAAAUCUCACUGCACUUGUAAAGUUCCCAUUUAUGUCUUUGCUGUUGCUUUGAAUGACCAAUGGAAAUGGAAAUGUUACUCUGUGUCCAUUCAUGUCUGUGCCUUUGUGUUUCCCUUUUCUGUCACCGACUAUGUUUUCCUUGGCUUUUAAUUGCCAAGUGAGUUAUUUUCUGCUUCCUGAAGUUAUGAUAACAAAAUGUUUGUAUGCAAAUAUCUGCUUCCCAGUUGGGUCAUGUAAAAAGAAAUGCACA